ACAUAUAUACAUAAAAAAAAAGCUAAAAAAUUUAAGCCCUGGCCAUUUCAGUCUUUUGUGAGGAUCAGAUCAUGGACAGAGUGAUGAGAAUGUCUUCGGAGAAAGGAGUGGUCAUCUUCACGAAGAGCUCAUGUUGUCUCUGCUACGCCGUUCAGAUCCUUUUCCGUGACCUUAGGGUUCAACCAACCAUCCACGAGAUCGACAACGACCCCGACUGCCGUGAGAUCGAGAAGGCUCUCCUCCGUCUCGGCUGCUCCACGGCGGUUCCAGCUGUCUUCGUCGGAGGCAAGCUCAUUGGGUCUACCAAUGAAGUCAUGUCCCUUCACCUUAGUGGCUCUCUCGUCCCCUUGAUCAAACCCUAUCAGUCCAUCCUUUACUAGCUAGCUAGAGGACUACGUACUAAACCAACUCAAUAAUCUAAAUUAAACGCUUAUUAUUAUUAUUAUAUAGCUAGUGAGAAUAAACACGGUUACAGCUAGAGUGUGAGCUCAAUACACUAUAGCUAGCUAGAUGUUCGACGAGGACUUCGUCUGCAAUGUCUAUCAUAUAUAUCUCUUCUUUCGCUGUUUCAGUUUAUCUAUUGUAUGUUGAUGUAUAACUCUCUGUUUAUGCUAAUGAAAAAACUAUUGUUUUCUUGA